AUGGGCUGGGUCUAUAAUGCCACCCCCGAGGUCGAGGCCUCAUCUCAGUACCGUCUUAUCCUCGGAGUAUGUCUAAGUUUGACUGUGCUGAUGGUUAUUACCGUCUCUUUGCGGCUGUUUAUUCGGGCUCAGUCAGGUCGACUGGCAGCGGCAGACUGGGUGAUGGCUGGGAGCAUGAUAUUCAGUAUUAUCUAUAGUGCUCUUUGCAUUUCUCAAAGUCGAUAUGGCCUCGGGUUGCCACUGAGGGAUCGCCCUCGGCUAGAUUUGGCGACAUACAGCAAGAUCAACUAUGCAGGGCGACCUUUCUACCAAAUCGGUAUUGCAGGAUUCAAGGCUUCGCUUUGCCUUAGCUAUCUACGCCUGAUUUCGGGGACUUCCAAGCACACCUAUCGAAUUAUUAUUUGGAUCGUGAUCGCCGUCUGUACGCUGGGGCAUAUCGCUGGCGCCCUUGUCCUGAUCUUCAAUUGCACACCGGUUCGACGAGCAUGGAAUAUUCAUGUUGUAGGCACCUGCCUUCCAGUCGGUGCGACAUUCUACGGUCUCGCAAUUUUCACCAUCAUUUUCGAUGUUCUCAUUAUUUUGUUACCUAUUCCGCUCCUUCUCAGCCUGAACAUCAAGACCGCGCAAAAAGCAGGCGUGGUGUGCCUGUUCCUCCUCGGUCUAUUUACUACCAUUUGCUCCAUCCUGCGACUUACACAAAUCCAGCGCGUGGCUUUCGGGGACGGGAACUCGACAAUGCUCGUCUUGUGGGGCACAAUUGAAUUUAACGUGGGAAAUAUUGUCACCUGCGCUCCUUACUUAGCGCCUCUACUCAAGGGAGUAGUGCGGGACUUCCGUUCUAACAGCGGUAAAUCGAAGGGAAAUUACCACGACAGCAGGGGCAGAAGCUAUGCGAUGGAGAACUGGUCAAAGGACGGGCGUUCUCAACUGCAGUCUCAUGUGUCUGGGCCAGCCCCUCCGAAACGGACUCCCAGCGAGGAGCUUAUCUUGUCGAGCCAGGAUCGAGACCACGGAGGUAUUGAAUUGACGGUGGAAUACAGAGUGUCAUUGGAAAACAGGUCGACGAAGGAAGCCUGA